AUGUCGGAAACAAACCAGACCUCAGCAUCGAUCACAGAAUUCAUCAUUUUUGGUUUUCCGGGUCUCCAGGAUCAAGAAUCUAAGAUGAUAUUAUCUGGAGUUUUGAUGACACUCUAUUUGCUUAUUUUAGUGGGAAAUCUUUUUAUGAUAUUUAUAUUUUUCGUAGAUGAAUCUCUUCACUCACCAAUGUACAUCCUCAUCUGCAGUUUAGCUUUUUUAGACAUAGUUGUUGUUACUGUCACAGUUCCUAAAAUGGUAGCUGCCUUCAUGUUUGACUUUAAGGCAAUUUCGCUUAAUGGCUGUUUUACUCAGCUUUUAUUCCACCACAGUCUGGUCGUAUCAGAGUCCUUUUUGCUGGGGCUCAUGGCUUAUGACAGAUUUGUUGCUAUAUGUAGGCCACUGCAUUACCCUAACAUAAUGACAAAUUCAGGUGUUGUUAGAAAAAUCAUUUCUUGUUGGGUGGGUGGGUUUUUUAGUCCAGUGAUUCCUCUAAUCUUAGCGCUCAGAUUGCCAUAUUGUGGACCCAAUAAAAUUGUCCAUUGCUUUUGUGACCAUGUCUCUGUGAUUCGACUGGCUUGUGCUGAAACUGUCAUCAAUAAUUAUGUGGCCCUACCCAUUACACUAUCGACCUUGUUUUUUCCCCUGUUCUUUAUAUUUCUCUCCUACAUCAGAAUUGUUAGGUCUGUACUGAAGAUUGCCAAGUCUGAGGAAUGUGUCAAGGCUUUCUCCACCUGCAUCACACACAUUUUUGUCAUUUCUGUCUUCUUCUUAACUGCGGCCAGUGUCUACAUCUCCUACCGAAUUCCUGGUACGUCUGCAGACAUGAGAAUCAUGGCAGCGCUAAUUCAAAAUAUAAUCCCACCACUAAUGAACCCCAUAAUCUACUGCCUGAGGACUAAAGAGAUCCGGGAGAGCUUUUUGAGAACUCUGAGAAAAAAUAAAAUACUGUCUGUCACUUAA